AUGAGUGGUGAAUACAUUGAUGAGAAAGAGGCUGGUCCUGUUCAGAAUGAUGCGGUGUUACAACAACAAUUGAAGAAAAAAGAUGCUUUAAUGAAGAAAUUUUAUUUACCAUUCUUUAUAAUGGGUAUUAUUACAUUAUGGUAUAGAGGUGUUUUCCAAAUGAAUUGUCAUAAUAAUAACCAUGAAUUUAAUGAACUUGUCGAUAAUCAUAAUGAUAUUAGUAUAACACCUAAUUCAAAUUUUGAGAAAGAUUAUACUAAAACUUUUGAAAUUCAAUUACCAAUUAUUUAUGAUGAUCUAAUUCAUCAACAAACUAUAUUGAAUCAUAGUUUUGGUAACUCUUGGGGUGUUCCAGCUAAAACAAGUUUUAAACCUGAUAUUGAUUCAUCAAAAUUCAAUCGAGUUGUUCUUAAUUUGGAAACUUGGGUUGAUGGUGUUCAAUAUGAUAGAUUAGCUCAUGUUUUCAUUGAUGAUAUUCCUGUGUGGAGAACUUCCACUGUGGAACCAGGUAAUAGUUUAGUUUAUUCAGAAUCUUCAAAAGAUGUUUCUAAAUAUUUAAGUCUUUUCCAAAAAGAUGAAAUUGAUGUCACUUUCCAAUUGGAUAAUUUGGUUAGAGGUAAUUUAAAUGGAGCUUUCAAUACAACUUUAUCCAUCUUGUAUUAUUAUCAAAAAGAACAUAUAGAUUUAACUGAUCCUGCUUCAUAUUUCCAAAUUUCAAAUAGACCUGCUCAAAGGAUUUCCAAAAUUCAUAAUGUGAAACCAAAUAAAACUCCAUUAUUAUAUUAUCCAAGUGAUAAAUUAGAUUUUACAAUUCCAAUUAUUAAUUCAAAUACAACAAAUUUAAAAUUAAAUUUAUACACAUCAGGUAAUGCAGCUGAAGAAUUUUGGUAUUCAAAUGUAUUGGAUCAAUACAAGAAUAAAUUUUCAAAUCAUGGUCAUAGUUUAUUAGGUCAUGGUCCAGUUCGUGUGGUUAAUGUUUAUUUAGAUGGUAUUAAGAUCAGUUCUACUGCACCAGAACCAAUAAUUUUUUCAGGUGGGAUUUCACCAUCUUUAUGGAAACCAAUAAUUGGUGUUAAUGCAUUUGAUAUUAAACCUUUAGAAAUUGAUUUAACUUCAUUUUUACCAAACUUAUGGGAAAAUGGUGGGAAAUUAGAAAUUGAAAUUACAAAUGGUGAAGAACUUGGUAAAGUUGCACAAAAUUGGAUCACAGCUGUUGAUUUAUUACAUUGGGAAUCCAGUGAAAUUGAAUCAAGUUUUGGUGAAGUUGAACGUUUUGAUAAUUCAUCAAGUUAUAAAGCAUUUGCAAUUGGUACUUCACCUUCAAAUUUAUUUCAAACUGUUGUUUCAAAACAUUCAUCUGAAAUUUUCAGUAAUUUAACUUUUAAUUUAUUCAAUGGUACUCAAUUACCAAUUAAAUUACAUACAAUUUCAGAUGCAAGCUUUACAAAUUUCCAAGCUUAUAGUAAUUAUGGUGAUUCUCAAUUAGUCACAUCAGUUACUUCAAAUGGAUUUAAAUCUGAAAUUAUUAAAGAUGAUGAAGUAAUUGCUAAAUUAACAAAAUCAAAGGUUUUCCCAUUAUAUAUAACUUUAUUAACUGAACCUGUUAUUAAUUAUGAUAUCUCUUAUGAUGUUAAUAUUACUCAUGCUUAUCAAAAUGAUAUUAAAAUUGAUGAUCAAAGAGUUUAUCAUGUUAAAUCUGUUCAAAAUGGUACUUCAAGUUUUACAUUAUCUCCAAAGGGGAAUCAUGGAUUUGGUAGUACUGAACAAAACUAUACUGCUCAUUUAAAGGAACCUUUCCCAAAAGUUCAUGUAAAAGAUCAUGUUAUUGCUAUUAAUGGUUCACUUGUUAAUACAUCUGAAUCUGAUUUUAACAACCAAGCCUUAGAAAGUAUUGAAUCAGUCGAUGCUUCAGAAUUUCAAAUGAUUGUUCAAGAAAUUCAAAGAUUGGUUAAAAAUGAUGAACUUUCUUCAGACUUGGCUCAAUAUUUAUUAAGAUCUUUGAAGACUCAUCAAGAAACAAUGGAAUCUAGAAAGAAUGUUGUUAGGGAAAGUAUAAAUGGAUUUGAUGGUCCUUUGCCUAAUAUAGGUAGUCGCCAUUGA